UGGAAGUUACGGAAAUACAUACGUUGCCGCUGAAAAGCAGCAGUUGAGGCUCAGAGUGGGUACCAUUGUCUGCAAACAAGUAGAAUAUGAGCGUUUUAAUGUUUCUUCUUAGCUUCAUGUGACUUCCUUUAUUCUUCAUACGUUAUUCCGGAAAUGCAUCAGUUGAGGACACUUUCCAGAUCAAGGAUGUCAACAUGCAUCAUAUGAAAAUAUCUAAUCUGGUAUCGUGGACUGCAUUCAAUCAUCACCAAGACAGUUUCCCCCUGAGGACAACAAACAGCAUGUUUAGGAAUGGAAGGAAAAACUGGAGUGGAGAUUAUCUAAAACAAUAGAAAAUAUAAGUAUUUUGACUAUGUGAAUGGACGUGUUGUCCUGUGAGUACUUUCUGCCUGCUGUAGUCUAGACCUCUGCAGUUUUUCUGAACUCAAGUAUGUAGAGGAUGGAUCUGAAUAGACUUGUGUCACCAUCAAGAACCUCAGUUUUGCAAGCCUAAAGAAAUCAAGGAGGUGAAUAGACUGUGAGGCUUGGUGCUUUGCAAGACCAGUCCCUGAGGAUGCUGCAGACUGGUAACUUCUCACUGGUGCUGCUGAUCCAGUUGACACUGUUGGCCUAUGACCUCUUCGUCAACUCCUUCAGCGAACUCCUGAGGGGGGCACCAGUCAUCCAACUUGUGCUUUUCAUCAUGCAGGACAUCGCCAUCUUGUUCAACGUGAUCAUCAUUCUGCUGAUGCUGUUCAACACCUACGUGUUCCAGGUGGGCCUGGUUUCCCUGCUGCUGGAAAGGUUCAGAGGGCUGCUGAUACUCUCUGCUCUUUACCUGACGCUCAGCAUCUGCUUCCACUGCUGGGUGCUGAACCUCAGAUGGUUUCAGUCAAACCGAUUUAUUUGGACUGAUGGUCUUCAGGCUCUUUUUGUGUUCCAGAGAACAGCGGCAGUGUUGUAUUACUACUUAUACAAACGCACAGCAGAGUAUAUGGGUGACCCGAGGUUGUAUGAGGACUCUCUGUGGCUGCGAAACAUCUUCGCUAGAACUCGUCAGUGAAGAAGAGACAGUUUUGAGAAAGACUUUAAGGAAAACUUUUUAAGGAAAAUCUUUUUGUGUUAUUUGUAUAUCUAUGAAUCAAUCCAUAUUACUUGGAUUUAACAUUUCUGAAAGUUGAACUGAUACACAAGAAAAUAGGGCCAAAUUUAACAGCUGUUGACAAAUCUACAUGCUGGGUUGUCCAUCUUUAGACUUUUUUCAGAAUUUGGUUAAAGGACUCCCCAUUUAUUUCCCCUUAGAGGCCCCAGAGAAAAGUUUUCUUCGAUAAUUUAAGGUUAUCAUAUUGGGGGUGAGGUAUUCCUUUAAAAGGACCUCAGAUGGACGGCCCUUAUGACAUUAUAACACCAAGCAUCAUCAUCAGCCAUUCCAAAUUUUGGACUAUUUUUACAGCGAAGUCUCAAGCCGUUUGUUUACUGGCACUUCAAAGCCUGGUAAGCAGUUGGUCAAAAAGCUUACAGUGGCAGGUAAGCCAACUGUAGUGGUAUUGUAUUAACCAGGAUUGUGUCUGUUAAUCUAUGUGGCCUUUGUAAAUCAAUACAGUUGUAGACAGCAUGAAACGCAUUGAAAGAACAUUGUUCAGAUUUCAGUGUUUGCAAAUGGCAAGUUUGUUUUGAUUUGUACUAAUGUAACAAUAAAACAUUAACAUCAUAGUUUUGUUAUUCCCUCUGCAAAGAAAGAAAAUUGUUGUUUUUUUUGGCCUUAUCUAAGGUUAAUAUGUGCCGUUUACAUGGUUAAUGUCAUUUGAAUAAGCCAAUGUUAAAGUGAACUCAUUCUUCUGUGGGUGGGAAUGUUUGAACCGUGCCCCGCUGUUUUUAAUAAAUAAUCCUU